UACUUGACACAUCUUUUCCAAUUGAUUCGAUAUAACUCUAUCCUAUCACACGAACUAAUUAGCCACCUAAGGCUUCAUUUAUCUAACUUUCUAAUCAUCAACUCGUUAAAUAUGACAGACUCAGAUAGCUUGCAAGAUACUAUCCCUGUAUUUUGUACUGCCCCUAUAUCUAAAGAAAUAUUAGACGAAUUCUUUACGCGGAGCUUGGGUGCGCCAGAGCUUGAGGGUGUAGAUUGGAUUGCCGUAUUAGUCGAUACUCUCGACGUCGAGGCUAUCACGAAACCUACAAGAGCACCAGUAGGGAAACCAGCUUCAUACCCUUUUCACGGCUGGGGUAUUGAAGACAUCGUCAAGUUUUCCCGUGAGCAUUUAGAUCCAGUCAGGCAGGGAAUUGUUUCUGAGCAUCUGGUUAUUCUUGAUGAACAGACUAUGGAAGAUAAGACCUGCCUGUUGGUGACGCUAAAAGAAGGCCGGGAGCCCGAGGGCGAGCGGUUGACCGUUAGAGCAGACUUUCGAUCAUCCUUAGUACUUCUUAAUUUAAAAUCCCUAGGAGUUGGUGGGGAUGGGCAUUUCGAGGUUAUCGAUCCUGACGGAGUAAUUAAACUUAGAUGAGUAUUGUAAUCAUAGUAUUUAAUUCUUAAUGUUUAACUAUCAUCCCCUGUUAAGCUCCUAGUGGGGUUCCCUUGACAUCGAACAUGUAGAUAUUUACCUCAAUUAUAAUAGAUAAAUUUGCAAUACUAGCUGCGCUACCCCGUCCGCGCAAACGCGUACGGGGAGGUUUUUUUUUUUUUAAACAAUGAAUUCUUUCAAAAAAUAAAACAUUUCAUAUAUUUUAAGGCCACGGCCACGGCCACAGCCGUGGCCGUGGCCGUGGUCCUCCCAGC